AUGGAUUAUUGUGGUAUAAUAAGUGAUAUUUUUCACCCUAUUAUGACAGCAAUUACCAGAAUGAACUAUGUGGGACCAAUCAGAGGGUACGUGGAGGAGUUCGGUGUAAAGCUAGUCGACCUGGAGGCGUAUUUCAGCAGGGUCGAGAGUGGGCUGGCCGUGGGGAUGACAGAGAGGGAGAUGGCCUGGUACUGCAGCGAGGUCGCAGCAUCGAUGAUCACUCUCAGCCCAAACUACAACAAACUUGCAUCAGUGAUUCUGGUGAAAUAUUUGCACCAGAUAACCAGAGGAAACCUGAGUGAAAAAUUUGAGAAAAUACAGCAGGAAAAGGGAAUUCUGAAUGAGUCGAUAUAUUCAAUGGUGAUGGAGAAGAGGGAGGCGUAUGACUCAAUGGUCGACUACGGCAGAGACUACAACUUCGACUACUUCGGACUGGUCUCACUGAUCAAGUCGUAUUUGAUCAAGGUGAAUGGCGAGACAGUCGAGAGCCCACAGGACAUGUACAUGCGUGUGGCAAUACAGAUACACAGAGACAACCACCAGAUGGUAGAGGAGACGUACAGGCUCAUCAGUUCACAGCACUAUACGCAUGCUACCCCAACUCUCUACAAUUCGUGCUUCAAAAAGAACCAGUUGGCUUCCUGCUUUCUGGUGGCAAUGAAAGAGGACACGAUUCUGGGGAUAUUCGAGACAAUCAAGGAGUCUGCGAUCUACAGCAAGCUGUCAGGCGGAAUUGGAAUCCAUUUGAGCAACCUACGAAGCAACAACAGUCCACUUGUGACGACUGGUGGCGUAUCAAAGGGAAUUAUUCCAAUAAUCAAAUUGAUCAAUGAUUCCAUGAAGUACAUCAAUCAGGGUGGGGCACGCAGGUGCGCUACAGCCGCAUUCUAUUUGGAACCGUGGCACAAGGACAUUCAGGGGUUUCUGGAUUUGAGGAAGAAUACGGGGACUGAGGAGUAUCGAGCUAGAGACUCCUUUACUGCCCUAUGGGUUGGAGACCUGUUCAUGGAGAGAGUCGAGAAGGGGGAGAUGUGGUCGCUCUUUGAUCCAAAUGUCGCAAAGGGGCUUGACAACGUCUAUGGUGAUGAAUUCAGGCAGCUAUACGAGCAUUAUGAGAAAACAGUAGACAGGGACGUCAUUCCAGCCCAGAAGCUGUGGAAAGAGAUUCUAUGUGCCCAGAUUGAGACAGGAACUCCCUACAUGGUCUACAAGGACUCCUGUAACAGGAAUUGUAACCAGAAUAACAUGGGAACAAUUAAGACAUCUAAUUUAUGUGCAGAAAUAGUGGAGUAUACAGACUCAGAGAUAACUGCUGUAUGCAAUUUGGCUUCAAUCUGCCUACCAAAAUACGUCAAGGCGUCUUCUGGUGGCGUGAAGUACUUCGACUUCAAUUUGCUGCGACAAGUUGUUAAGAAGGUGGUGGUGAACAUGGAUACGAUGAUUGACACGUUUGAGUUUCCAACAAAUGAAGCACAGGCAUCAAACAACAAGACUAGGCCACUUGGAAUUGGCGUACAGGGACUGGCAGACACGUUCAUGAUGAUGAGAUACGCAUUUGAGUCAGAAGAGGCAGUCAAACUGAACAAGAUGAUAUUCGAGACAAUCUAUUACGCUGCAAUGGAGACAUCGUGUGAGCUAGCACAGGUAAAGGGCGUCUAUCCGUGUUUUAAUGGAUCAAUGUAUUCAAAAGGAAUAUUCCAUUUUGAGGUUUACGCAAAUGGUAGGCGAAAUGUGGGGGAACUGGUUUCAGGCAUGUGGGACUGGGAAGGAUUGCGUGCCAAAAUAAGGCAGUUUGGAGUCAGAAACUCACUAACUACCGCCUGUAUGCCAACAGCAGGCACAGCACAGGUGGCUGGAAACAGCGAGUGCAUUGAGCCAAUUCAGUCGAACAUCUUCACCAGGAGGACAUUUGCAGGAGAAUUCCAAAUUGUGAACAAGUUUCUGGUUGAAGACCUGAAGAGGCUGAAUUUGUGGUCGAAUGAGAUGAGGCAGCUGAUCAUCGAAUACGACGGGUCCAUUCAGCAUAUUCCAGUGAUUCCAGACAACAUUAAGCAGAUUUACAAGACAUUCUGGGAGAUGAAAAUGAAGAACGUGUUGAGCAUGGCGAAUGACAGGCAGGCAUUUAUUGAUCAGUCACAGUCACUGAAUCUGUUUGUGAAGCAGCCUACGUACGGCGUAUUGAGCUCAAUGCACUUUUAUGGAUGGAAGUUGGGAUUGAAGACAGGAAUGUACUAUCUGAGGACAUGUCCAGUUGCAAGUGCAAUUAAGUUCACGGUUAACAAGGAACUGAUCAUUAAGACACUCAGCUCAAUGAAGAAUCAGCAAACGGAAGACGAUGAAAAUGAAGAACCAAAGUGUGAAGUAUGUUCAUGCUAG